AUGUCGCGACCGGAGCACUCCCGCUCAUCAUCGCUCUCAUCCGAAGAUGUCGAGUCCUCCGAAGACCACCACCACAGCGCAUACGUGCACCCGGACGACCCGACUGCAUUGGAGAAGCAAACCACCGCGGCAUCGGGCAUAUCGGCGCUCGAGAACCGUGCGCAUUCAGUGAUUUCGCGCAUUCGCAGUCGCGAACCGGGGCAAACUGCCCGUUUCACGCAUCCGCUGUCGCAUACUAAGACCUCCGAGGACGUCAUUGUCGACUUUGAAGGGCCGGAUGAUCCCUAUAGGCCGAUGAAUUGGAGUUUUCGCAAGAAGGCGGUUACCACGAUUCUGUAUGGAUUGACUACUAUGGGUGCGACUUGGGCUAGUUCGAUUUUCUCCACAGGCACCAAGCAAAUCGAUGCGGAAUUUGGCGUGGGAGAGGAAGUCGGGACAUUGGGUACAACGCUGCUGUUGUUCGGUUUCGGACUCGGUCCCCUCGUAUGGGCACCUCUAUCCGAAGUCUACGGACGCAAGCCCGCCGUCCUUGCGCCGUACUUCAUCGCCGCCAUCUUCUCCUUCGGCACCGCCACAGCCAAAGACCUCCAAACCGUCAUGCUGACCCGAUUCUUCUGCGGCUUCUUCGGCUCCGCGCCCGUCACCAACACCGGCGGAGUCCUCAGCGACAUCUGGACGGCGGAGCAACGCGGCGCCGCCAUUGUUGGCUACGCCAUGGCCGUCGUCGGCGGACCAGUCCUAGGACCGAUUGUCGGCGGAGCCAUCUGCCAAAGCUACCUCGGCUGGCGAUGGACGGAAUACAUCACGGGAAUCAUGAUGAUGUUCUUCCUAGCGAUGGACCUGAUCUUCCUAGACGAAAGCUACCCGGCCGUUCUCCUCGUCUACAAAGCCCAACGCCUCCGCUUCGAAACCGGCAACUGGGCCCUGCACGCCCGCCACGAAGAAUGGGACGUCACCUUCAAAGAACUCGGCAACAAGUACCUCAUCCGGCCCUUCGCCCUCCUCACCACCCCGAUCUGCUUCCUCGUCGCCAUCUACGCCUCCUUCGUCUACGGCAUCCUCUACCUCAGUCUGGCCUCCUUCCCCAUCGAAUUCCAAGAAGUCCGCGGCUGGAACCAAGUCGUCGGCGCCCUGCCUUUCCUCGCCUACCUCGUCGGCAUCCUCUUCGGCGCGUGCAUCAACCUCUUCAACCAGAAAUUCUACAUCGCCCGCUUCAAAGCGAACAAUAACUUCCCCGUCCCGGAAGCCCGUCUUCCCCCGAUGAUGCUCGGCUCGAUCGUCUUCGCCGCGGGCCUCUUCAUCUUCGCCUGGACCAGCGAUCCCCAUAUCCAUUGGAUCGCUCCCAUCAUCGGAGCCGUCUGCAUGGGGUUCGGCUUCUUUACCAUCUUCCAAGCCGCAUUGAAUUACCUCAUCGAUACCUUCCAGAAAGUUUCCGCCAGUGCUGUCGCCGCCAACACUUUCCUGAGAAGUUUGUUCGCCGGCUGUUUUCCCCUCUUCGCUAAUAUCAUGUUUCAUCGUUUGGGCGUGGAUUGGGCCGCCAGUGUGUUGGGCUUUGUGGCUGUUGCCUUGAUUCCCAUCCCUUAUUUGUUCUAUAUCUUUGGGAAACGCAUUAGGGCUAGGGGGAAGUGGUCCCGCGCUUCGGUUUACGGGUAUUGA